UACUAGCUAGUAGUACUAAACUACUAAUAGCCUAGUGAAUUCUCAUCUCAUGAUCUUCCUUGUCCCCAUUGCCAAUUCCCAUUUCCCAAUUCCCAAAUCCCAAUUUCCAAGUCUCAACCUCCAUCUUUCUCCACUUCCAAUUCUCUCUCCUCUCUACUUUCUGACUCCAUCUCUCUGCUUCUCACUCCCAAUUUACUAAUCUCCAUCAUAAACAAUCCUUCAACUUUCUCGUGCCAAACCCUGAUUGCUUUUCCAUCCUUUCUUUUCACCGAUUCAUCUUUCGAUUUCAAUCAUGGAUGAUGAUUCUUGGAAUACUCCCUCUUCUUCUGUGUCUAAACGUUGUCAAUCUGCUUUUCAAACUCGUUCAGAUGUUUUUAUGGCCUUUGAAGAUGUUGAUGUUGAUGAUGAUAUACUGGAGGAGUUUCCUUGCCCGUUUUGUAAUUACCAUUGCGACAUCAUUGGGUUGUGUUGCCACAUUGAUGAUGUACACCCCGAUGAACUUAGAAAUGGGAGCAAGAGUAAAUCUCAUAAAAAUGGAGCUCAUUCAACACGUACGUUCCUAAGAAAAGAACUGCAGGAAAGGAACUUACAGUCCUUAUUGGGGGGCUCUUCCCGUAUAGUGUCAUCUUCUAAUGCUGCAGCUGAUCCGUUGCUAUCUUCUUUUAUGUUGCCUAUGGCUGAUGACAUCGUGAUUGCUGAGUCUCAAUCAUUAGCUGGUAUAAGUUCAAUAAACAAAGGCAAAGAGGACACAGCACUAAAAAGGCAAGUGAAACCAUCGCCGUUGUCGUCCAAAGAUCAGGAGGAGAGGGCUAGGAGGUCUCACUUUGUCCAUGAGUUGCUGUUAUCCUCCUUUUUCGAUGACAAGUUAUGAAGGCUGCCAUGGGUUGUCAAUUUAAGGAAAGGGACAGUGUGGAAGCAGUUCUGUGUGGAAACAGUUUGUAUUUAGUAGUAGCAAAUAUAUCCAUGAAUGGAAUAAUUUGUAGGAAUAAAUGCAAUUUAUUAUUUAUUAUGAGUGUGAAAUUUAGCUUUAGGCUCAAACAAAUGUAACCUUAACUUAAAUACUCCUUAUCUUCUUUUAUUGAGCAUGAGGAAUGAAAAUAAGGGAACUUGCAUAUGCUCUCCCCUGCCCCCUUAAUAAUACUCCCUCGCCCCUCCGUAAUUUUUAUAUUUGGGUUAUUUUGUGACACAUUCAUAAAGUGAAAAAAAAAAAUCGGGGCAAAUAUACAAGGAUUUCGCUCUUAUUUUUCUAGUUCAUUGAGUUGAUCAUCAUCAUACCUAGUAUAUUCCGCUCAUAGGAACUAUGGUUAGGGUUUGGAGAAGGAAGAAAAACGGCAACUCAUACCCAUAAAGAAGAGUGCGGUUAAAAAGUCCCUCAGCAACUCAUUAAGUUGAUAUAUAUUUUUUUUGGAAGAAAUAGAGUUGAUAUUUUAGUACUUUCUUUUUUUAAACAUGCAACAUGAGUGAAACAUUUUGUGAGAGAAAUUGAUAAGUAUCUCAGUCUACAUUUUAAUGAAGGCAUUGAAAUGCAUCCCUAGGUGGCUUUGAGAAGACUAGACUUUGCCUGAUUAGGAUUUUUAAGGGCAUUUGGAUGAAAGAAUUGCCUAAUUUUCUCAAAUUUGCAUCUUUAGAGUAAGAAUCAAAGAGUCUUGUCAAACUUAGAUCUCUUUUGAGGGUUUUCUCAUUCAUUAAUUUUAAAUCCUCGAGAAAAGUAAAGCAACUAAAUAAAUAAUGAAAUAUAUUUUAAUAACUAAAAAAAAAUAAAUUAAAUGGAAUACUACUACAACUUGCUCAAAAUACCCAACCAUUACUCAAAUAAACA